AAGUGUGCGCGCUUUUCGGGUGGAGAAUUGAUAGAAGUAACAAAAACUGAAAAAAAAAAACUGAAAUCUGUUGAAGAAAGUUCACAUCCCCAGCGCGUUGGAAUUUAAGUGUAUGAACCGUAGGAGGUUUUCGCGUUAAACGCGCUAAAAAUACGCGCAGCGCGGAGCGCAGGGCGAAGCGGCCGAAUGGGUGCGCGCGUUUCGGGAGCGGGGCGUGGACUCGAAAUUGGGAGGGAAGGGCGCGUGGAAAUGUGGCUUCUGGAGAUCGCCACUGGCCUUGGGAGAGACGGAGAGACGGAGAGACCCCGAGAGAGGGACGCAGCACCGAGAAAUCGGCCGUCGUACCGCACAAUUUCCCGAUUUCCCUCCACCUGUCGGGGCGGGACAAGUUUUCCCGAAACAUCGGUAGCCAGACGAACGACUCGAGAACUUCUGGGGGCCGGCGAAAGGAUUACUGUGAAACAUGAGCGACGGAGUUGAGUUGAUGGUUUUGAGAAGGCGGUAACAUAACAACACGGAUGUCCUGGCCAGUGCACGGCGCGCGCCGCGCCGCCGCGAGGAUGCCACGCUGUUGCCGCGGCGCCUUUUGAAGUGACUUUCGGGCGCGGGCGCGAGCGCAGCAGGUAUGAUCGUGAGGCAUGAGAGCGGAGAGAGGCAGUGAGCAGCACGGCGACUCAUGGGAUGUAGCGUAUGCAGGAGCAGGCUCAACUUGGGACACCUCAAGACCCACUCCAAAGUGUCCGUCUUUUUUACCAUGAUCAUUAUUUGCACCUAUUUAUUCUACUGUCUCACGGGAUACUGCGACUCGGUGGGGCCGGCGCCGCUGUUUGUCCACCGCCCUCCGCCGGUGGCGCACAGCCACAGGUACGAUGCGCCGCCGGGGUUCGCCGGCUCCCCUCCUCAGGACCGCUCCCACGCCCACACCGCGCGGAACGGAACUUCUCCAGCCGACUCGGACCCGCGGCUCCACACCGGGGCCGGUAUAUCCGUGUUCAGCAGCUUCGGCACCAAGCGGCUGCCGCAGGCGAUCAUCAUCGGCGUGAGGAAGGGCGGCACGCGCGCGCUGCUCGAGUUCCUGCGGAUCCACCCGGACGUGCGCGCCGUGGGCGCCGAGCCGCACUUCUUCGACCGCUUCUACGACAGGGGGCUCGAGUGGUACCGAAAUCUGAUGCCUCGGACACUGGACGGACAGGUGACCAUGGAAAAGACACCCAGCUACUUUGUCACUAAGGAGGCCCCACGUCGGGUCUUCGACAUGAGCCGUGACACCAAACUGAUAGUGGUGGUGCGUGACCCUGUGACCAGGGCAGUGUCUGACUACACACAAACUCUGUCUAAAAACCUGGGGUUGCCCACCUUCCAGAACCUGGCAUUCAGAAACUCCACCAGAGGCCUGGUGGACACCUCCUGGAGUGCUGUGCGCAUCGGAAUCUAUGCCAAGCACCUAGAGAACUGGUUACAGUACUUCCCGCUCUCCAGUCUGCUUUUUGUCAGUGGCGAGCGGCUGGUGACCGACCCAGCUGGAGAGAUCGGUCGCGUGCAGGACUUCCUGGGCCUGAAGCGGGUCAUCACUGACAAGCACUUCUACUUCAAUGAGACCAAGGGCUUCCCUUGCCUGAAGAAGCCAGAGGGGAGCAGUCGUCCACGCUGCCUCGGCAAGUCCAAAGGCCGCCCCCAUCCACACAUCCCCCCGGAGGUGCUGCUCAGGCUCAGAGACUUCUAUAGACCCUUCAACCUCAAGUUCUACCAAAUGACGGGCCAGGAUUUUGGUUGGGACUGAGGCUGUGGAACGGACUGACAGAGAAUGGAUGGAUUUUCCGUUAUUAGGAAAAUAGCUGGGAAAAUGCCACACGAAAGGAAACUCAAAGAAGCUAUAGAGGUUUAGUAAGUAGCUAAAGGCCCAUUGGAAAUCCCUUUGGUCCCAUUAUUGUUUCAGAUCAGAAUACAG